GUAACUUCCUUCUCUUUAGAAAUUACAAGUAGGGUUUAAAGUUUAAAUCUUCUGAAAUUUAUGAUUCAAAUGGCUUUAGCCGCACUCAAAACACAGCUCAAGAAUUUUGUUCAAUCUAUGUUUGAUGAGGGAGUGCUGGACAGCCAGUUCAGUCAAAUUCAAGCUUUGCAGGAUUCAAGUAAUCCAAACUUUGUCGACGAAGUGAUUACUUUGUUUUGCACUGAUGCAGAAAGGAUCAUAACAGAAUUGAACAAAUAUCUGGGUUAUCAAAGUGUUGAUUUUAGCAAGUUGGAUACUUAUGUUCAUCAACUUAAAGGAAGUAGCUCAAGCAUUGGUGCACAUCGCUUGAAACUUGCUUGUGUUAACCUUCGUCAAGCUUCUGAUGACCGGAGCAAGGAAGGGUGCGUGCGAGCUUUAAAUUCAAUCACCCGCGAAUACUGCCUUUUGCGCAGUAAAUUUCAAACCCUGAUUCAGCUAGAGAGGAGUAUCAUUGCCCUUGAGACCAACCGGCAAUGAGUAGAUAGCGCUACAAUGCAGUGCUCGGUCAACCUAAAUUUUUGAGGAACACUUCCCAUUUUAUCUUGAAUAGGUCAACAUUGUUUUUCCAUUUUGAUUAACUAAAUGUAUGGCUCUUGGAUAUUGAGUUGACCUUCUUUUAUAAUAAGUGACCAAGGAAUCAGUUAGUGCUUUAUAUUGCUUUUAGACUUUACGUUACAAGUAUGAAUAAUCAUGUUUGCACCAACAUAGACAAUAAAAUAUGCUCUUUUUGCUUCUUCUUUUUU